CUAGCCAUACUCUGUCUGUUAACCUGUUAGCCUGUAAAUACCUUUUUUUGCUAAUAUAAUGGAUUCAUUUCUACUUCGCUUUCUUUAAAGCAGCCCCGUUACAGCUGAAAUGAAACCUGUUCAUCGUUUCGUGUUUUUCUCAAUGAGAAAACCCCCAUGAACCGGUUGGAGAGGAGCCUGUCCCCCUCCACAAUUAAAGUAGACAUCGCUGCGAUAUCUGCUCACCAUACCCCGAUAAACGAUCAUUACAGCAAUGGAAAACAAAAUGGGAGAAUGGAGCCCUGAAAUGCCGGCAACUCAAGAAAUCCAGGAGAUCAGUGAUCAGGUGAAGUCAGAUGCAGAGAAAGCUGUUGAUCAGAACUUUUCAGUUUUUACUGCCAUAAAAUACAGAGUUUUAAGUCUUUUUGGAGGAACACACUACUUAAUCAAGGUAAAUGUAGGAUGUGAUAAAUACAUUCAACUGAAGGUGGUUCGCGUUCUCAUGAGUCAAGGGAUUGAAAAGAUUCAGUUUGAGGGAUACCAGUACCCUAAAACCUUAGAUGACCCUCUAACACCCUUUUAAGUGUCUAUAAACACACAGAUCCCAUGUUUCACAGGUUUCCAGUAUAUUUACAUUAUGGUCUGCUUUUAAACAAUUAGGGGCAUCUUUCAUUUAGAAACAUAGCUGUGGCUUCAGUACUUUUAUGGGGAGAAGUGUGGUAGAGAAUGGAUGGACUGAAAUCUGUAAACAUUUAAAUGCUUCAUCCAUGUUAAAACAUGCAUUAUGUCCUGAAAUAAAGAUU